AUGUCGUGGCUCAAGCACAAGAUGGGCCGCUCCAAGGCGGCACACACGCGUCCGCCACUUCCACCGCUCGAGUCUCGUCUUUAUGACUGGACAGGUGACCUGCGCGACUCGCGCAAGUAUUCCGAGGGACUGCUGGACCAGCUGACACUCCCUGGAGAAAUGUCGGCCCUUGCCUAUGAGCCGGGCAUGGGCUAUCUGGCUGUGGGUACUACAUGUGGAACGGUGCACGUAUUCGGAUCUCCGAGUGUGCGCUUCAUUAUUACACUUCGACCGCCGGUUCGUGUAAAGCAUUUGCUUUUUAAAAGUGAUACGUACUUGCUGAUUUGUGUCGACGAGAAAGACAAUCUCAGCAUCUACGACCUCUCGCGCAAAGACCCGCAUGCCUCAGCAGUGCAUAGCUUACCACGUUCUGGGAGCACUCCUGACGUGCCUUUGCGUGUUGGCAUCCAUUCGGCGCGCAACACGGUCUUGUGUGCAGAGGUCACGUCAGGACACAGCCAUCUGUUUCUGGGUCUCGCCGAUGGGACCGUGGAAGUCUAUGAUCUUGAGCGCUUUUGCAGUGCACCCUAUCGAAUUCCCAACCUAUGGUGGAAUGAGGAAGAAAUUUUACGCCGCUCGAACGUCCCUAAUGCACCAAGCCGUCUGCACAUUCCAUUAAUUAUUGACAUACAAACACAUCCACGCGAUCUAAACAUAUUGCUUCUUUGCUACGAGGGCGGGGCCAUCCUCUUUUCUCUUCGCGACUCUUCAGCUCUGCGUACUUACCAGCUGCGCCUGCUUCCCGGUGCGCCUGGUCCCUGCGCCGACGACCCUUUAGAGGUGAUCUGGAGCGAACGCCUGUGCUCCGCCACGUCAGUGGCCUGGCAUCCAGAAGGUGAGAUGUUUGCUAUGGGCCAUGAAAAUGGGGCUAUUUCUUUCUGGCGCAUCAAGGAUGAGGACAAGCCUGUUAUGGUCCGCACUCUCGAUAACGUGGACAUUGAGCGCCCGGUGCCACCAGAUGAGAUACCUAAGCACUCACUGGGGCCGCGUGAGCCGAUUUUUAAGCUCGCAUGGUCAGGUUUCCCUGCCCAGGGCUGGUACGAGUACGGUGCGCAGGCCGCCAGUGCUUGGCGAGGGUCGACCGCAACUUCCGAUCCAAAGGCGGAUGCGGCUAGUCGUGUCCAAACUGCCGCGAGCGGUACCGUGCUGACAGUGAUGGGGGGUACUGCAGCUGCUCAAUCUUCCGCAUGCCUGACAGUCUACCAGCUGCCGCCACUACCGACAUCUAGCGUAUUCAGUGGUGCAGGAGGUGAGCCGGCUGCACGACAGCGCCAAGAGCUACAUGAUGCCCUCCUUCCCGAGCAGGUGACAGUCUACAAAUUGUCGAGCACUGUCGAAGAUUUUUGUUUGCUUCCCAAGAUAAACCCUCACUACCACGGCACAUUUGAUCCAUACGGGGUAGUGAUCUUGGUGGGCCCCGACCCCUCGUUGCCGGCUAUUGCGGCCCAAAGCACGCACCGCGGGCUCGAGGCGUACAGUUUUCCGCCGCAGAGAGGCAUAGGCACCUACCAGCGUCUGCAUCUGCCGUUGCCUCUUAUGCUUGCUGGUCGUGGCACCGUACUUGGAUGUCGUGUCGCCACCGUACCUCUGCAACAGUACCGGCGGUUGACACAGCAUGCCGAGCAUGACGCUGUUGGUUCGAUCAAACAGGACGAGCCCAUGGGUGGUCUGGCGCGCCCCAACGUCAAGGGAGGCGCUCUGCAGCAUGCUUUGGCAAUUGCACGGCAGGGACGACCCCGCUUUCUAGUGACCUGGCACUUGGAUGGCACCGUACGUUUCCAUGAUAUCAGCCCGCACCUGCUUCUCCUUGGCGAUGAGGACCCACGACGUGGUCCAAUUUUGACGAUGCCAUUUCCUGCGCCGCUGCCGCACCUUACGGUUCGGGUGCGUCAGUGCAUUAUGCAUCCCACUAUGAUCGGCGCGCCAGCUUUGGAGCCGAUCCAGCGCUUCCCCAUGCAACUGCAAAUUGCUAAUGUGUAUGUCGCGUGGGAAGCAUUGGAGUGCGCCAUUGAGCUCUCUACAGGACAUGUCGUGCACAUGGCACUCGGAGGGGGCUCAUUUGCAACAGGUGCGGCCAAUACAUCGCUUUCGCAGGCGAUGGAAAAUGUACAUAUCGAUCAAGGGACGCCUGACUGCUCUGUGCCAGAAUUUACGCCGAUGGAUGCGAUCAGUGACAUGUCCUCUCUCGGAUUCCAACCCAAUACUGUCAUGUGUCUCUUACCUGGUCGAGCCACUGUGAGUGCUCUGAGCGACGUGGGACUCUUUGCGACGGCUUAUGGAGGGAUUCUCGUGGUCGCCGAUUGCCAUACGCAGGACAUUGUCGUGCGGUCCGGCACAGGCCAUGCGGACUAUUUCUCGCGGCAGCUCGGCGCGCAGGAUGAGCGUCUGAUCAAGGCGGAGGCUCACAGCGAAAUUAUGUGGCUGACUUUCACCGUAUGUCGCACCGCCAACGAUCCGAUGCUUGCCCUUCGACUCAUUGUGGGCCGCGCAAAUGGUUUUGUGACAGUGUGGUCGUUCGAGCGCACGAGUUUAGAGAGUUGGAUGGGCUUCCGUGCCGACUCGGUCAUGCUACCAAGUGGACACGCAGGCCACCCGUGCGUGUAUGCCCAAGUGCUGGGACCUACAGGCGCUCCUGCAAUGGCGACGGAAACUAGCAUGCAGCGCGCAUCCGUGGAGCAAGAGGCCAUUCAAGUCAGUGACAAUCUACAGGACUUUUACCUGCUCCUGGUCGUGUUCGAUCGUGGUGCUGUGCUUCUCGACCAGGUAACCGGCGCUCGCAUCUCGCAUACUGAGUUCCCCGAUGCUGUGGUCAGCGCAGAAGUGGUGGAUCGUCAGGGCAUCAAGGUGCUCCUUGCACUAUCGAGCAACAGCAUUUUUGUGGUGUCGCUCCCACGGAUGGACACGGUUCAUCGCGUACAGCGGCAUGUGCCCCCCAGCCAGGAAGUGGUGAGCAGUAUGCCCCAUGCCUCGAUCGACACGCUCGGCGACUUGGUUGAGCUGACAGAUGGGCACCAGAUCCGUGUUUGGACGACAUUUGCGACGAUGCCACAUGGCGAACGCCCAUCCCUUUUUCUUUUCACGCCGCGAACGCUGCCACUCCAUCCUAGUGAGGGUGCCGGUGGCUAUAUUGCGAGUGUGACCGGCUGGCUUGGCUCCUCCGCUGGCCAGUCUCUCUCAUAUGGUGCUCAAAUUGAUUCCGUACUAGCCGGCUCGCGCCGGCCUAAAGCCCCUUCGCUCCCUGCGCGCAUGACUCUCGAGCAAGAAACACUGGUCACCCCGCCAAAGGUAACGCCAAUGCCAGAUGCGCCUGGUGCGGAAAGCAGUGGAAAGGCCGCCGCCACGGGCGAAGGUGGCCGCCAGCGUUCUUGGUUCGAUGCGUACCAGCGGCAGUUGACCAGCCUCACUAGCAGCAGUGCUCGGUCUCAGGCGCAGCUGAACAUGCAGCUCCUUCACAAGCGGGACGAGCUCCUAGCCAAGUGA